CCGUGCUGUUGAGUUCCUUCUUCCGUGCAGGAAUUGGUUCUGUGGCUUGCAAGCAGAAUCAUCAACACAAGGUACAUGUACAAGAAACCCAGUUGCACCUUAUUUUCAAGGACAUGGUAUCGCAAACGACCCAUAUACGGGUGGAGAGGCCUUGUGCGCACCUGGGGUUUCUCCUUCGGUUGCAACUAAAGCCUUGGUCGAGGAAAAGGUGCACAGGGUUUCUUUCAGUGCACACGUCUCCCUAUAAACAAGUUUUGUUCUUGACACCGGAUACGCUCUGCUUUGUUUUGCUUGCACUCUGCUAUACGCCCAGGCAAACCUUGUGCUUGCACAUCCUACCCUCGUCGUUUUGGCGCUUUGGAAAAAGGCAAGGCACACACGAGGGUUGUGCUCUCUUAUCUCUCUUCCCUCGCCAAACCAAAAUACACACAUCCAAAGCCAGAGUAUGACAUACAAGAAGCCCACGAAAAUCGCCUUUGGUGUCGCUAUAGGAGCAACCGCUGUGCUCGCUGCACCAGCUGCCAUCACCAUCGCAGCCUGGGGCGCUGGAUUUGGCCUUGGAGGUAUCGGUGCGGGAACCUGGGCCGCAGGUUUCAUGGCCUCUUAUGGAGGUACAGUCGCUUCGGGUUCUGCCUGUGCGGUCUUGCAGUCAAUCGGAACUGGUGCACUCUUCACUGCCGGAACUGCAGCCUGUGCCACGGGUGGUGCGGCUGUUGGAGGAGCUGUGGCCGCAGCUCUUACGCCUGAGGAGGACAAGGAUGGCGGGAAAGAUAGUGACGAAGAAGGUAGCAUCGAGGAAGUCGGCGAACACAAGAAUCGCAGCGAGAGCGACCAGCUUAUUCGAAAGGCCAAGAACCUGACUUCAGCUGAGCCGGCAAAGAUCACCAAGACCAACACAUUCAGGGCUGAAGUGGGUGUGAGAGACCUCUCUUUCUCUGUCGAGAGCUCUUUGUCUACAGAAAUCAUUUGCAAAUAACCUGUGUAAAUACCCCAGCCGGUGGCCAUGUUAGUGCAGAACUGCAGUAAUAUCAAAUAAAUCAAACCAAU